ACUACUUUUGUUGUCUCUUCUCGUCGAGCUCCGCAUCUCCCGGUAGCAGCACGAGUGUUUUGGCGAAGGAUCUGAAAGGUAAAGAUGAUGUUUUGGAGAGCUUCAAGGUAUGCCUUCCCCAAAGUUUGUCUCUUCUCUGCAUCGUCUCUAUCCUCAUCCGUUUUUUCUGACUCAUGUGCUCUAACUCUCCACUUCUUCCAUUCCAAUUCGAGUAAUCCUCAUAGCAUCGAAGAGGCUGUCUCUUCUUUCCACACCUUGCUUCAUGGGCAUCCCCCACCCUCUAUAGUCCAAAUUACUAAGAUUUUAGGAUCUCUUGCACGGAUGAAACACUAUCCUACUGCUAUCUCCCUUUAUGAACUCGCAGAAUCUAAGGGAUUCACGCCUUCUUUCGUUACUCUUAGCGUCUUGAUAAAUUGUUACUGCCAUGUGGGUCUAAUGAAUUUCGCGUUCUCUACCUUAGGGAAGAUUCUUAAGAUGGGCUGUCAGCCAAAUACGAUAAUUUUGAAUACUCUGAUGAAUGGCCUUUGCAUCGACAAUGAUGUUGGGAAGGCCUUAGAUUUCCAUGAUAAUGUGAUAGCAAAAGGGUUUCACUUAGAUGAAGUUAGUUACGGCACCCUUAUCAACGGUCUAUGUAAAUCAGGAAAAACAUUAACUGCCAUCAAAUUGCUCAAAAAGAUGGCCAGAGGGUUGGUUGAACCUGGUUUAGUCAUGUAUAGUACAGUUAUUGAUGGUUUUUGCAAGGAAGGACUCAUAACCGAAGCCAUUGAUUUAUUUCAUGAAAUGUGUCGUCAUGGAAUAUCUCCCAAUGUUGUGACCUACAAUUCUUUGAUACAUGGCUUUUGUUUGAUGGACAAAUGGGCAGAAGCAGCAAAAAUUUUUAAUCAAAUGAAAAUUGAAGGCAUCAACCCAGAUGUCCAUACUUUUGAUAUCUUGGUCAAUGCAUUUUGUAAGCAAGGACGUGUCACUAGGGCUGAAGCUGUGAUUGGCAUGAUGAUGAAGCACGGUGUAAAACCCAAUGUAGUUACUUUCAACACUUUAAUGGAUGGGUAUUGUUUGAUCAAUCAUGUUGGGGAGUCAAGAGAAUUGUUCAAUAAGAUGGUCAAGAGUAGUUUGGCUCCUGAUAUUUUUAGUUACAGUAUUUUGAUUAAUGGACUCUGUAAAAUCAAGAUGGUGGAUGAUGCCUUGGAUCUCUUUAAAGAAAUGAAGAGCAAAAAUUUGCUUCCCGAUAUGGUCACCUAUAAUUCUCUUGUUGACGGUUUGUACAAAUCAAGUAAAAUGUCAUAUGUGUAGGAUAUUAUUUAUGAGAUGCAUGCUAUCGGUCAUACUCCCGGUAUAAUAUUUUAUAAUACCUUGUUAGAUGGCUUGUGUAAAAGUCAUCAUUUAGAUCAAGCAAUUGCCUUAUUUAAGUGAAUUGUUGAUCGUGGAAUUCAGCCUGAUGCAUGCACAUAUACUAUACUACUUAUUGGUCUAUGCAAAGGUACUAGCUUAAAUGAUGCACGACAGAUUUUUCAGUAUCUUUUGGCCAAUGGCCAUCCUUUGAGUGUCCAGGCAUAUACUGCAAUGAUCAACGGGCUUUGCAAAGAGGGUUUGUUUGAUGAGGCAAAGGCGUUGCUUUAUAAAAUGAAAGAUAAUGGAUGUUCACCUGAUCUUGUAACAUUUUAUACAAUUAUUAGACCUCUUUUGAAAAAGGGUGAGAAUGAUAAGGCCAAGGAUCUUUUGGAUUAAAUGUUCACCAAAGGUCUCCUAUGGCGAUAAAAGAAGAUAAGCAAGGCCAUAUCUGGAUCCGACAAAACUGAUUUCAUGAAGAAGCUUCCAAAAUUUAUGUAUGAUGAUAACGAGAUAGCUUUGGAGGUCAUUGUUUUGGACCACUCCUGUAAAUUGUGCAGAAGUGGAUGUCCUGUGUAUAUUUUGGACAUUGCUACACUCUUUGGACAAAAGCAAGCUACAAGAUCAAGAUGUUAAAAACUGAGCAAAACAAGUUUACGAUCAUUGAUGAGAAUGAUGAGAACGAUUGCCUCCUUCCUAGGAUUUAGCAGAAAGUGUGUAUCUGCUAUUUGUUAUUCUGGAGAACUCUUCAUUUGUUACAGAACUAUGAGAAUUCACACUUUAUUGAUUUUUAAUUGUAGUAGCUUGUAAGGAUUAAUUUAUGCAUGUCAAUUUUCAAAUGAAGGAUCACUAGUGUUAGUUUA